GGCUGACCAAGCAAGGCAGUGUAAAGAGUCUGGUCGCUAGAAAUGCCCGGGUGAAGUAGCCUACAGUGACAUCGCCAUCCUUUGCGCAAAUUAUGGCAUGUUUUUCCCGCCCUAGAAUAAGAACACUUCUAAACGAGAUGAUCUCAGUUAUAACCGGGCCUCGGUUACCAGUUAAACAAUCUCAGCUACAAACCGGGAUUGGGGGGACUAGUUGCUAGGGGUAACGAGGGUGAGCUGGCUGCUGUGUCGCUCUGUCUGUGAGUGUGUGUGUGUGUGUGUGACGCCAUCGCGACCCUCGAGUCCCCGCGCGCUUCUCUACACGGGGGUUGGUUGGCUGUAGUGAGGCGCGGGGAGGAUGGGAACGGGGAUUUAGUUUCUCUGGCUUUUCCAGUCUGCAGCAGAUUAUUCCCUUUCACCGACACCCAGCAACGGAUUUAGCUUCCCAAAACAAGAUUUAUGUCCCAACUUCUCCACACGGAAUAGGAUGCAGAAUUCUUCGUUUCUUGUGGGAAUGCUAUCUAGCACAGCUGGUUAUCGAUGAACUGUGUUCCAUAAAUAAUAUAAGAAAACAACACAGUGUUUUGUGAAGUGAAGGAGCUAAAGAGCACUUUUGAAUAUGGCAGCAACAGAGGCCAACACAGAACCAGUCCGAGUGGAUGCCGGGGAGACCAAAGCUGAGGAGGAGCCUUCAAAUGCAGAGUCACCCCCAGCUCCAACUGAGGAAACACAGCCUACCACCGAGGCACCCCAGACCACAGAGCCAUCAGCAGAUAAAGUCAAGCCAGCCUCAGAGAAAAUAUGGGACUCUUUUCUGAACAAAAGUGGGCUUGGAAAAGUAAUGGGAGGGAAGAAGAAAAAAGAGCAUAGUACAGUAGCUGAGGAGGUUCUUGCAGAAGACCCAGAUAAGGCCUCAGCCACAAAUAAGAAUGAUCAAGGGGAGGAAGCAGAUCCUAAAGACCAGUCAGCUAGUCAGCCAGCAACUGAAGCAGCAACGGAUGGCCAAGUUAUUGAAAAAGUACCAGACAAUGAGGAGGCUGUCCAAGAGCAGAAGGCACCCGGUGCCAAGCCAAAGCAGGGAGAAAAGUCAAGUGUACGUGAUUUCAUUCGCAAGCCUGUUGCCAAAAUUUUCUCCCACAAAAGCACAGAGAAAAAAGAAGGCUCAGGAGAACUAUCAAAACAUGGAAAGGUUCGGUCAAAAUCUCUUGACAGACUGGAGGUUGCUGAUGCAAGCACAGCUGUGGUGGAUCAAAAUGAGGACCCACAAUCACCAGAAGAAGCAGAUAAGUUAACUUUGCAAACUACAAAACCAAUGAAACGCUGGCAUUCCUUUAAGAAGCUUAUGGCACAGAAGAGUCACAAGAAAAGCAUUGAUGAAGCCAAGGAUGCAGAAGGAGCAGAGGGUGGUAGUGCAGAUGCAGCAGGGGACACUGGGACACUGGACUCAACUACAAAGUCAGAGCACACUGGGCAAAAAAGGUGGAAAUUGAAGAGGUCAUGGACUUUUCAAGGUAUAAAGAGAGACCCAUCAAUUGCUGGAAUCCACAAACCAAAGGACAAAGACUCAGAUAAUCUCAAAGAUGAGAAUACCCCAGAGGCAGAUCAGGGGGCCACACAAAUUUCUGAAGAGUCAAAAGUAUCAGAUGAUGGAGAAACUCAAGAGAAGACCAAUGCAGAUGGAGAAGAAGAGAAAGAGGCAACUGCAACACAUACAAAACACGUAGACCAGCAUGCAAAUGAUAUCUGGACCUCAUUUAAAAAGCGAGUAACUCCCAAAUCAAAGAAAGCAGCAGAUGCUGGUGGAGAAGAGGAAGAACCAACAGGUGAACAAGAACAGACUGAAGAACCACAGGCGAGUAAAGACUCAGGCAAGACUGCCAAGUCUAAAAGGACACAUUUCAACCGUGCUGUCUCAUUAAAGAAUUUCAUACUGCGUAAGGGGAAGAGUACUAGCAUGGAUAUGGGGGAUGGCUCAGCAGUACAGAAAGAGAAUAAAGAGGAAACUAAAGACACGGAUGGCUCUGCAGACACAGCUGGGGCAACUGACCUCCCACAGGGUGGAUCAGAGGACCAAGCUGCCACACCAAGUGAGAGCAACAACGGAGCUCAGGUGGUAGAUGAGCACAAAAGUUCUGAUGGAGAGGAUAAGUCCCUCCCAAGCAUACCAUCUGGUGAGCAGUCAGACACGCCUCACUUAUCAGAAGGAGGAGACCAGACGGAGCCAAAUGUGGAACCCAAGACCAAUGGUGAGAACGGAUAUUCAGGUGCUGCAGCAGAAGACACCACAGCACAAAAUAAUGAGCCUCCUGUAAAGGUCGAUGUUGUAAAGGAAGAGGAGACAAACCAGGAGGACACCAACUGUAGUGACAAAAUUGCAAAAGAUGGGAAGAUUCUGAAACAAGAUGGGAACUGUGGUACUGAAAAUGCAGUUGCUGAAAGCGGUGAGUUUGAAGCAGCAAUUGCCUCCAAUGACAAGACAGAAUCUGGGAAGACAGAUUCUAUAGUAGGAUUAGGUGCUAGUAUUGAGUUAGAGACUGGGGUAUGUUGCAGUUCUGACAAUGAUGGGUCCUUUUCUGAGUCAGCAAAAAACAAUGAUGAGCCAGAUGACCAAGAAGAGACCCUGAAGAGGAUGUUUUAUCAGGCUGCAACCUCCAUCGUUCGAACUGUUUUACUGGCAGCCAUUGAUCAGUUAGUCAAAGAGAAGGAUUUCCUGGAAAGUAGUCCAAAAUUCUCUCAAACAAAUCAUGGCAAUUGUACAGAUGUUGAUAUUGGUUACUGUCAUUGAACAGUCAACAAAAAAUUAGAUGCCCUUUUAUUUAUUCUGGUUGUUUGUAAUGAGUCCUCAUCACUAUGUAUGUAAAUGUGUUCUUGCAUCAUGGACAAACCCAAAAGCUAUUAACCUGUAAUACCCCAACCACUCCUACCCCUUUCCUUUGUUUGCUGCUUUGUAUUGUAUUAUUGGCGGGAAAGAGCAUGGUUUCAUAGAUUCUUGUCUUUAUAACACUAGUGAUGCUUCUUAAUAUCUCUGAUAGAGAAUAUCCCUAAAUAAUAUAAUGAACCAUAUUGUAGGUCAUUCCCAAGUGUGUAUUUUUAUGUUAAGCCAGAAGCAAUUAAAGGAGGUAUUUUACUUAAAGUUUUAAGUUAGGUCUACAAUUUGAAAUGAUAAUUGUGGUAUUUGUGUUAGUGCAAAAUUAUUUUAGAAAAUAUAUAACCCAUCUGUUCUAAAGUAUGUGUAAAUUUAAAAUGCAUUCUGUAUUUGAAUACAUGUUGUAAUAUAUUUAAUCUCUUCUGUUAUCAUUCACCAGAAAAAAUGGCGGGAAACGUGUGAGGCCAAACAAAGAGGAUUAGAUCUCCAUGGGAGUCGUUCAGCGUGGAGCUUUGCCCCUCCCCCCCCCCCCAAAAAAAGAAGUAAUCACACGUUUGUCACGAUUCACCAUGGUGAGAAAUGCAAUCCAUGUAGCUAAAAAACUUGAAAAGCAAUAAUUAAGUCAUCAAUCAGCACAUUCCAUUACUGUCAAUGUUUUGCUUAUCUUCUAGUGAGAUUUUAUAUUAUCAAAAAAGACAUUCCUUUGAAUUGUUAAUCUCAGUGAUCACAUUAUGUGAUCAUAAAGACUGUUAGGUUUAUAUUGAUUGCCAUUCUGUCUGUUUGUAGCUUUUCUUUCACUAGGAAUAUCAAUGUGAUACACAUUUCAGAUAACGCCAGACUGCCCCCAUUGUGGAUUCAAUACAGAAUGUGCGCUCUAAUCUCUGUGCUUGUUUUUAGACUGUUAUGUUGUGUACAUGAAUAAACCACCAUAAAACCA